AUGACAACUGGAAUGGACAUUACUGAACUGGACAAAACAGAGGACAUUAGGAAAACGGCAAUCAUUGACAGGGAGCUCACACGGCUGAAUGUAGACAUACUGCCCUGCAAGAGACAAGACUUGCUGACUCUGGUUCCAUUAGGGAAAGAAAUCACACAUUCUUCUGGAAGGGGCUUGGGGAAGAUGAGAGGAGAAUCCAUGUUUGGACUGGGGAAAAUCAAUGAGAAUGGCGAGAGACUCUUAGAAUUCUGCACAAGUAAUGACCUGUGCAUCGCAAACACCUUUUAUAAUGACAAAGACCGGCAUAAAGUUUCUUGGUGCCAUCCAAGAUCAGGUCAUUGGCACAAGAUUGACUUCGUCAUCGUCAGAAAGAAUGAUGUCAACACUGUGAAGCAAACAAGAUCCUUUCAAAGUGCAGACUGUAAUACAGAUCAUCUGUUGGUUAUAGCCAAGGUAAAGAUAGUCACAAAGAAAACACCAAGAGCCGAAAAAUCAAAGAAACCUAAGACCAACACAAAAUACACCCAAGAUCCAGCGAUAAGAACCAAAUUUCAAGAAUAUGUUGAAGAACAGCUCCAAAACUUAGAUAGCAUAUCCCCUGACCACAUGUGGAACAACAUGAAAUCAGCAAUAUAUGGUUCUGCGUCGAGGGCCUUUGGAACGGAUCGACUUUCCAAGGAGGACUGUAUCGAAGCCAAUGCAUCAAUACUUAUGCCAUUACUUGAGAAAGAGCGCAAGAUCUUCAUAAAGCACAAUAGAAAGCCAACAGAAAGUACAAAGCAACAGCUACGUGCUGCAAAAUCCAACCUUCAAAAAGAAACUAGAAAAUGUGCCAACCAGUACUGGGAUAAAUUAUGCUUAGAAAUUCAACAGGCGAGUGACAUGGGUAAUAUCAGGAAAAUGUAUGAGAAGAUUGGAGUUGCUAUCGGACUAACAGUGAGUAAAGUGGCACCUCUCAAGUCUGCAACAGAUGACCAGCUGACGGACAAGAAGAAACAAAUGGAAAGAUGGGUGGAAAAUUACUCUCAAUUGUACACAAAGGAGUGA